CGUACACAGACACACACACACACACACUCUCUCUCUCUCUCUCUCUCUCUCUCUCUCUCUCUCUCUCUCUCUCUCUAAAUCUACUUUACUAAGACGAUGAAGUUGUCAUCGCGCAGUUUGGUGUUGUGUUUGGUGGUGGCGGUGGCGGUGGUGCUUUGCGAAGUGGCGGGGACGACGGAGGCAGUGACAUGCAGUCCGGUGGAGUUGAGCCCAUGCAUGGGGCCAAUAAGGUCAGGGUCAGCCCCUUCAGGCACUUGCUGCCAGAAGCUGAGGGAGCAGAGGCCUUGCCUCUGCGGGUACAUUAAGAACCCAGCCCUCAGGACAUACGUCACCAGCCCCAACGCCAGAAAACUUGCUUCUGCUUGCGGCGUUCCCAUCCCUCAAUGCUAAAUACCAUCACUGAUCUUCUGAGAUCGUGAAGAAAUCUUAAUUAUAUUGUAAUAAAUAUGGAUGAUGAACUCAUUGUCAUUGUUCAUGUGCAGCUACCAUGGUACCGACUAUCAGUCAUUGUUGAAAAAUAAGGGUACUCUCAAGUAUCAAUUAAUAAAAAUAACUGUUUGAUGAUAACUUGUGAAAAUGUGUGGUUUAUAAGUUUUUAAAUGUUUGCAUCUAUAGCAAAUGCUGGAUUUAGCUCACUA